AUGGCGCUAUGCUGUUCUACUCCCGCACUGAUUGUUGAAACGUCGAUCGGAAAUUUGAUAGAAGAAGUCGAAAAAAGGCCCGCGCUUUAUAAAAAAAAAUCCUUAAAAGAAUAUUCAGAUGCAAAUCUAAAGAAAAAGCUAUGGGAGGAGGUUUGUGAAAUAGUUAUUCCUGAUUGGAAUACUCUUAGUUCCGAAGAUAAAACAAAACAAGAAAAAAAAUUAAAAUUGAAGCAACUCAAUGCUCAAAAGAUUACAAAGUCAGGACAAGCUGCGACAAAGAGGCGUAAAUAUGUCUACUUAGAUCAAUUAUUAUUUUUACUUCCAUGCAUGGAAAACCGACCCACAGAAGGUAACUUUGAAGAGGAAGGACAUGAUGAAGACGGUGACGAAUCUGGCCCUUUUACUUCCACAUCUAUUUGUCGGAAGAAGAAAAGGACGAAUGUGCCGAAACAAGCGGAUUUAGAUGAAGCAUUAUUAAGAACAUUACAGGCUAAUGAAACUACCAUUGUUGAUGAAGACACAAACUUUGCCUUGUCUCUGGUCCCUUCGCUACAAAAUUUUACCCCACAAGAAAAACUUGAUGCUAAGAUUGGUAUACUCAAUAUUUUUAAGCAGAUAAGACUGGCCAGAGGUACUCCGUCUACAUUCCAAACAACAUCCAUCUUCAAUGUAUUACAGCAACCCUUUUCCUCUUGUCCAGUAUAUAAUCGAGUGACUAAAACCUUCUCAUCACCACAACCAUUACAUACUCAUGAUUCACAAAUAUACGAUUUGUAA